UCGAUUCGUUAGCCCGACGUGAAGCGAGAGACCAUGUGGGAGAUUUCGCUUGCACUUAUUGGUGGGUAUCUUCUGUAUCAUUACUUGUCGUGGAAGAAGCUUUUCAGAGAUGACAAGCUGUCCCAUAAGAACCCACCGAGCUUUUACGGACUACCAGUUUUCGGUAGUCUGCCGUUUUUUGCCAUUAAGAAACUGCGGAUUCGACUGCUGCGAAACUUAAGCGAAAAUCCCGCUUUCCCAGUCUUCAGAACACGAUUCUUAGGACUUGGCGAGGACGUGAUUUUCAUCAAUGGAUGCAAGCCUGUGCAGGAGGCAUUCCGUAAUAAUGACUUACUCGGCCGCGAGUGGCCUGUCGGGUUUCAUGACGUUGCCGAGGAGAUCUUUGGCGGCGUCAAGCCGUUCUUUCUGUUGCAAGGCGAGGAAUGGCGUGUACAGAAACGUUUCCUCAUCCAUGCGCUCAAGGAUCUCGGUGGUUAUGGAAAAUCGACAGUGAUCGAGCGUGUUGUCUCUGACGAACUCGAGAAUCUUACUGAAGAGCUAGUCAAAAUGAACGGCAAGCCAGUGUAUAUCGACAAGCUUUUAGGCCAAUCGAUGUUUAACAAUAUCGCCUCGUUUGUGAGAGGUACCCGUCUCGAUUAUGAUACACAUAGCCAACGCAAUUAUUCCGACGUAAUUUGUGGUUCUUUUCGUUUUGCUGAUAAGAUUUUAGCCGUGUGUGUACCCCGCUUUGUGUUUCAGUUUCUCAAGCAGUUUGAAGUGUUUGGUGUGAUGGGGUACGUGCGCGUAGCGAACACGAUUAAAGACCGUUUCUUUGCUGAACUGGAGCAGCACAAGAAGACUUUCAAUCCAGACGAAUUGCGCGACCUAAUGGAUUGCUACGUGGCCGUUUCCCGGGAAAAUCCCGAUAACACCUAUGUGAAGCAUAUGUUCGGGAUGCUCUCGUCAAUUUUAUUAGCCGGGAGUCACACAUUGCAAAUUACCGUCGACUACCUCCUCCAGUUGGCUGCCGCGUACCCUCACUAUCAAAGGCGUAUCCAGGAUGAGAUAAAUGAGUAUAUCGGCGAGAACGAGACACCGACAUACAGUGACAUGGAAAAAAUGCAUUUUACUCGUGCCUUCAUAGCUGAACGACAUCGCUUCUUUACGCUUACGCCUAUUGGCGUACUCCGAACAGCCACACAGGAUACGACUGUUUGUGGGUAUCACAUUGCUAAAGGAUCGCUUGUCUUUUACAACCUGUUAUCAGCGCACACCGAUCCACGGGUAUGGAACCGACCACACGAAUUUCUACCUGAUCGCUUCCUUAACAUGGACGGCACCUUUCGCAAAGACAAUAACGUAAUGCCUUUUGCCCAAGGCCGACGGGCCUGUCCUGGUGAAUCGAUGGGCGAGCAGGAGACGUUUCUGUACUUUGUAUCUCUCCUGCAAAGAUUCACCGUACUGCCUGAAUCACCUGGAACUAAGAUUGAGCUGGCCGAAAACGAAGGAUGGUUUGCCGAAUUGCCGAUCCGACAAAAACUCCGUUUAAUGGAUCGUAAAGCGACAAAAAACUGUCGCGAAUUAGCUUAACUUCCCGUCGAAUUUUAUAGCACUAGCACUACCCUAAAAGGUAUUAAUAAUUCAGAAUCGGCAGAGGCAUUUGGCAGCGAUAAGUGCUCACUUUCGCUUGGCGCGUUUUGGGAUUCAGUUACCCAGUUUUCUUCGUUAGCCCGCUGGUGUCUGUGCUCGUUUCUGGGUCACGCCAACCAGUUGGCUGAUUGCGGAUCACUGCAUCAGGGCUUCACUAACAACCCAAACGUAAGCAAAAGAGACAUCGACAGAUAACGUUGACUUUGGCUGGAGUCCCUUGUAUACCGCGAAGCGACUGCGAGUGCGGGAAAAGGAGCUGUGAUUGCAGACGCUUACUGCACUUACUGGUGUACGUCCGUUAGUAACGUAAUGUAUAUAAGAUUAACAGGGCAUCUUAUAAUUCUUACUCGAUAGACCUGAUA